AUGGUUUUUUUAACGUCGUCCUCAGCCACGUUGCUCCACUUCCUGCCUCAGCUGGAGGAGAUGGACGUUUCCUGGAACGAGCUGAUUGGUGGAUGUCUGAGCGCGUUGACCUCUCACCUCCAUCAUGUGGGCGGGAUCAGGACGCUGAGGCUCCGCAGCUGCAGGCUGAACGCUGGUGAUGUCACUGCACUGGGGGAGGCUCUCUGCUGCGUCCCACAUUUGGAGAUCCUCGAUAUGUCCUGGAACGGCGGUGUUGGAGGCGGAGGGCUGCAAGGCCUCCUGGGUAAAAUGCACCCACCACUGAGGGAGAUUCACCUGGUUUCCUGUCAGCUCUCUGCAGCUGAUGCUACUGCGCUGGGGGGAGUUUUGUCUGCUCUCCCCAGACUCUCGGUGCUGGACGUCUCCUGUAACCCUCAGCUCUCGCAGGAAGUCGUCGGUGGCGGCGGCUUCAGUGACCUGGCCGCCUCCCUCUCUCACGCCACCUCCCUCACCACGCUUCGACUGCAGGCCUGCGGUCUGUCGACGGACCACCUCGACGCUCUGGGUAGGAGAUCUAGUCUUCUGUGAACUGUCAGCGUGUAUUCGAGAUGAUGAAAG